CAAGUGUUGGUGCGUUAAUAAAACAAAUGUUGGUGCAUAGUGUGUUGGUGCAAAACUGGGUAAAAUUGGGGUACAACCUUCUCAUCCGAGACGCCCGCCGCCGCCUCGCCUACCCCCUCGUUGCCCGCUGACGUGGCCCCCCAUCCUCUCAGCCUCAAAACGCCGUCCCACCCAACGCCACAUCGCCAUCCUCCUCAACGCGACGCCACCCCACCGUCGGCCAUCCACCGUUCACCGUCGCCUAGCAGCCUCCCCAAUCCUCAAUUUUAAGAAUUUUGUUUUAAUUUUGUUCAAUUGCUAUUUAUUGUCAAUUUGUGUGAAAUUGGAUGUGUUUGUGUCAAAUUGAUAGCAUUUUUGGUGAAUAGAGUUGUAAUUGUGUGAAGUUACUUUGAAUUUGAUUGAAAUUGACAUGAAAAGGGGUAAAUUUUAUUUUCCAUUUUUUUGUUCUGAAUUUUAUCAAGUUUUUGAAAUAGCUCAAUUUGGUUAAAAUUUUUGUUAAUUGGUGGUGUUGUUGCUGGAUAUUUGGUGCUGGUGUUGUUGAUAGUUUUUUUGUUUCUGCAGUGGUGUUGGCUUGGGUGUUGGUGUCGGCUUUCGUGUUAGUUGUUGUACUCGCGUAUCUUGUUGUGCUAACUUGUUGGUGUUGGUAUUGUCGUUGUUAUAUUUUUGUUGCAUUUAUCCUACAAUGGUGCCCGAGCAAUUUGCUGCAACAGAUUCCGACUGUAAGGUCGACUCCCAUGAUGUGCCCUGGUUGAUUCAAAAAAAGAUGAUCAAUCGAGGGAGAUGUCAGCAUUUGCACUUGCAAGGCUAGCAUAGGAUCCACACAAUCAAGUUGGUAUUGCUCAUAGUGUUGUCAUCCCACAUUUCAUAAAGCUUCUUGAUUCAAAAAAUGGGUCUCUGCAACAUAACUCUGCAUUUGCUCUUUCUGGUCUUCCAGCCAAUGAGGAUAAUGCUGCUGAUUUAAUAAAAGAUUGAGGAAUUCAAAAACUUCUGUAUGGAGAUUUCAUUGUCCAGACAGUCAUUCUUGCGUAAUGACCUGAAGAACUGUGCUGAUGUUGGAGGCGGUUUUCUUGGAUGCAGAGGGUUCCAUUCAAGUUUUCUGGGUGUACAAGAUGGCUUGUCUCUGAACAUUGAUGUGUCUGCUACAAUGACAAUUCAUCCUUGCCUUGUGGUGGAUUUCCUGAUUGCCAAUCAAGAUGCGAAGGACCGCUUUAGACUUCCAUGAUUGGACAUGUGUAAAGAGGUGUAAAGAAUCAGCGAUUUCUGCUUUGCUAAUUUCCCUUGUGUUCAACUGUUCAUUACAGCAAAUUCUAAAAUUUAGGACAAGGGACUUUUUUUUAAUGCAGUAGGUGAAAACAAUAGAUCAACCAAUGUAAGUUUCACUAAUUUUAUGUUGAUUAUGCUGUAUUCUAUAGCCUGCUCACAUGUUAUAUUCGAAAUGUCAUAUACUAUAGUUCCCUUUCUUUUUUACCAUAUGCAUAAAGGAAUACAUAAUAU